AGGUGCGGACGUUAUUUGUCAGCGGUCUACCAAUGGACGCCAAGCCUAGGGAAUUGUAUUUAUUAUUUCGAGCUUACGAGGGUUACGAGGGGUCUCUUCUGAAAGUAACGAGCAAAAACGGGAAAACAGCCUCGCCGGUGGGGUUCGUUACAUUUAAUACAAGAGCAGGUGCAGAGGCGGCUAAACAAGAUUUACAGCAGGGCGUCCGGUUCGAUCCUGACAUGCCUCAAACCAUCCGUCUGGAGUUCGCCAAAAGCAACACGAAGGUUAGCAAGCCCAAACAGCAGGCAACUAAUGCCGCCAACACGCACCCAACUUUGAUGCACCCUCUCACUGGACACCUCGGAGCGCCGUUCUUUCCAGGAGGUCCCGAGCUUUGGCAUCAUCCCCUCGCCUAUUCACCAGCUGGAGCAGAGCUACCCGGGGCAGCCGCCGCCCUUCAACAUGCCGCCCUGGUUCAUCCGGCACUGCAUCCUCAGGUGCCGGUGCGAUCCUACCUCUGA